CAAAAUACCCUAAGGACAAAUAAUUAUAUGGGAAUUUGGCCUGUUUUAGAGGGCAGAUCUGUUUCAUGCACUCACUCAUUCAAGGAUUCAAAAUGUUCAUUGUCAUAUGCAGAGUAAAAACACAACAGUAGCACCGAGCAAAGAUUCCGUCCCACACACUGCUGGUUCAGUGUCUUGCAUAAAGUAAAAAACUGAGCUGGAUCUCGCCGCCGCCUUCCUACAAGCGUGUGGCCAUGUCCUCUUCGGCCUUCGCGGCAGCCGGCUGCUUGCUUUCAUCAGCGGAAGCAGAAUCCAGCACCUGCUGCAGGUGUGGUGCAUGACAUCGCCUCUGUCACACUGAAAAAUGCAACGGACAAGCACUUUGAGAGAAAUGAGUGAUGCAAUUUAAUAAAGAACAGUUCGAACACAAGCAGGCUAGCGGCUGCUACAGUAAGAAAUGCCUCACUAUUUUUCAUAAGUGAAGUCAUAUACAAAAACAUGAACAGGCAGUUAUGCACCAAACAUAUGUUUUGUGAUACUAUAUUGGUGAGAGAGAGAGAGAUAGAGAGAUAAUGAGCAGAAUAGAAUACAUAACAACUCAGCCCGAACAUGAUUACCACCGUAUUAGCAGAAUCCCAUGUGAUUGGCUGAGAAUAUUGGUGUGUAUUUUCCAACAUACAUAGUACCUUUAUGGAAGUAGAGAAAAUAAAUAAUGUAAGCAUUCAAGGGGAAUAGAGUUCAUGUCUUGCCAGGUCGUAAUGUAUCUAUUUGAUCAACAACAAUAAUGUCUCCUGACCAGAGAACCCAUGGGGAUUGAAUAGGCUGUCAUAUAAUGUAUAUAUUCAAAUUCAACAUCUAUACAUGCGUGUCUCUACUGGUGGGUCAGCAGCGUCCAGUAGGAUGGAGUGAGGCAUACGAUAUCUAAUUAUUCCAGCAUCAGUGCCCAUGUCACCCUUCUUAUGCAACAUGAGAUAACGUGCAUCAACAUUUGUUUUUGUGGGUUUUUAUUUUUAUUUUUUUUGGGCAUUGACAUUUGUAGUUUUUUUUUAAUUUCCUGCCUGUUCCUAGGGGGAAACCAAUUCUAGGACAGUAGCGGCUCUAACGGAGAAGAGUGAAAGAGUUUCCUCGCGCACGGCCUGUUUGCCUCGGGCGACGACACGGCAGCCAUGCAUGCAAGACCGGCCAGAUUGAGUGGACACAGCAUUGGAGGUACCGCAUAGUACUCACAAGUGGGAGCUCUCAGCUAAAACUUCACCGUUAUACAAAUAUUUUGCAUUUCUACUGAAUGCUAUUUUUUGAUGAAUAUUUCUUUUUAAAGACAAUGCUCGAGUAGGCAUUUUAAAACCUUAAAAAAAAAAAAAAAUUACUGUCCUUUGUCAUCACAGCAAAGUGCAUUAGGUUCAAUUAAGAUUUGCAAUAAUUUCAAAUAUUUACAUGAUGCUCUUUAAAAAACCCACAGCAGCAAAUGCAAUGCAUUUUUUUUUACUGUUGAGGGACCCCUUAAAAAGAUAGCAUAAUCUUUAAAAAAAAAUACAAGAUUCCAAUUCUUGUUACAAGGAACUAAAUGUUUGCCUUAUAAGCAUUCAGUUUAUUUACUUAACUGCAGGGUGACCAGGCACUUACACAGUGGUUGACUAGUUAGCACGUCCACCGCACUGUUCCGAGGUCGUGGGUUCGUAUCCAUGUGCGAUUUGCAUGUUCUCCGUGUGCUAGCGUGGGUAAACCAAUUUCCUCCCACGUUCCAAAAACGUGCCCGUUAGGUUAACAAAAGAUUUUAAAUUGUCUGUAGGUGUGAAUGUGAUUGUCCGUGGGUGUGCCACUCCUUCAGUAUGAGACAGACGUAUGGAUAUGCCUCUUCUCAGCUCCACGCAGAUGAUAAAGAAUACACGACUGUGAGUACUGUUGUAUUGUUUUAUGUUUUUUUUUUACUUUUUAUUUCAACUCCAACAAACACGUCAGCUCUACAGAUGCCACGUCUGCUCGACAGGAAGUGUGUAAAGUGAUAUUGCGAGACAUGAUGGUGUCAGUAAUUCAAGUUAUAUUUUUGUUGUGAGUGAAAAAAAAUGAAGCAUCUAUUUGAAGUGUGGUAUUUAAGUGUUUUCAAGCGGACAUAAUGAAUUGGUGCGAAUUGAUGAUAUACGGUAUGUUAUUCUGCAACAUUUGCAUCGCAACAUCGUCAAGUCUCGGCUGAAAAAAACAAAACAAUCGAUGGCGGAGGAUUUACUGCAUGUAUGUGUCGAACAUGGUACAAUCGGGAACCAGUUUUCGCUUGGCAUCAACUGCGUGCAGCUCAAGCUGCAAGCUGGAAUCUAUUGCUGUUUAUUUCUGGCGAAAUCUCACCGCUGUCGCGCUUGAUUUGCGACAGGACCGUUGCUAUCUUCAUGGAGUUUUGUAUCAGGAUCUGGGCACGGCCUAAAUAUAGUAUGUGUGCUGGAAACGCAAGGCGCACAUACAUUACACAUCCAACAGGAAGACGUAAGCAUAGAGUAUAUCUUUUCCUCGCGUGUGAUGACACUUGGCCAGAUGCAUGUAUACAUUGUGAGCACGUAGUGAAGUAUUUGUGUUAUUUUUCAGUUCGAGAAUUCCUGAUAGAUGGCUAUGUAAUGUGUAUAUACAGUAUGUACAUAAUGUUUAGUAAUGAGGCUACAAGGUGUGUGUGUGGGGGGGGGAUAAAUAGCACGAGAUAGUGAUUGGAAGUACUGGUCCGAAGUUUGGAGACACUUUUUUUUAUGCUACUGGAUGGGAAAGUGUAUUGCUCAACAAUACAUGUCAAUACCUGCCUAAACGUGCGUACUAAUUUUUAACAUCUUAACCAAUGUUUUGAAAUGUGACCUGCUGCUAAUUAAGCUAAUAAUUUCAAUCUGGCAAUAAUUUUCCAAUAUUUUUUUCUUGAAUUACACCAACCCAUUGUUAACAAAGAUAACGGCACUUUAAUUACAACACAGAAAAUUUCAAGUAAACUACAACAGCAUUAAUGUUACUAAUGAGUAUGAAUCAUUUAGAUUAGUGCAAAGAUUUGGUUUCUCAGGAAUUCCUGAACCUUGAUUUUAACUGCAAUUGCCCUGUUGGGCUCUACAAAUGGUACAGUGGAAUUGACCAGGAUGUUACGAUAUCACGUAAGUCACAGUGCAACAUAAAUCACCCGUAAUUGAGACAAUUAGAUCAGACAGACAUUCAACAAACUAUUAUUGACAUGAACACACACGAAAGACAAGAAUUAACAUCCUUAUGACUGCAACAAUUCAACAGUGCAUGGUGCAAUGCAUUCUGGGAACAGUGUGUCUUCAGAGGAUGUUUUUUUAUGCCCACUGGAUAUUUGUGUUUUGUAACAGUUAUCUGUAAAUGGUACAGAGAAAUAUGACUCUUUUAACAUAUUUGUAAAAUAGAGGAUUUUACAGCAUUUCGUUGUAAAUAUCAGUUUUUUUGUUUGUUUGUUUUUUUGACAGUGUGGGCAACAGUGAACUAGACAGAGCCAUUUUUGUUCGUUUUCCUCAUUAGGGUUGAGGGUGAGCCCGAGCCUAGCCCGGUCGACUUUGAACGAGAGGCGGGCUAAACCCUGAGCUGGUCGCCAGCCAAUCGCCAAUCAAGCAUUCCCAGUCUCAUUCACCCCGAUCGGCAAUUUAGAGCCUUUCAAAGAACCUGACAUGCAUGUUUUUGGAAUGUGGGAGGAAGCUGGAGUAGACCGGAGAACACCCACGCGAGCACCGGGGAGAACAUGCGAACUCCACACAUGUAGGCUGGAGCUGAGAUUCAAACUAGGACAUCAGACCUGUGAGGCAGAUGUGCUAACCACUCACCCACCACGCUGGAGCCAAAUGCACUAAAGUGAAGGAGGGGGCGUGGGGCAGUAUAUUGCAUGCGAGAAGUCGUCUGGAAAUAACGUCUCCUUGCUGACAGGUCGCUCAGCUCCACCAGCCGUGCUUGUGCAUGGAUUGGCCUGCAGCUCUUUUGCCUGCAACACACACACACCUCCACCCCUCCUUCUGCUGCUUAUUAGCUUUUGUGUGUGUGUGCGCGUGUGUGUAGCUCACGCUCUGUACCCCCAUCAGUCCAAAGAAGCAGCAUCCAGGAGAACAUCGCAUCGCGCCACGGAUGAGGUGGUUGAGGAUUUAGCGAGGGAGGGAUGCAAAAAUAAAAAAUAAAAAUACUACUAAAAUGCGCACACCAGAGGAUGGCAUUGUGGAGCGUGUGUCUGCAUGCACAAUGAGCUCAGCGCCUGUGGGGUGAGGACAUCGCAGCACCAGUGAAGAUGUUCUGCGCCAGGCUGAAGGAGCUGAAGAUAUCCGGAGAGUGUCCUUUCUCCAAAAGCAACCAGCAGCAGAAGGAAGAAGAUGAAGAGCAGCAGCAGCAGCGUGGAGAUGCUACUGGGGAGAGCUCCACCGUGCACGGCAGGAGAAUUGCGCACCAUCCCGCUCCCAGAUUGAGGAGCAGCAGAGCCAAAGUCAACCUACAUACGCUCGGAGAGAGCAUUCGCAAACUGGCUUGUCCCCAGUUUCAGAGGCUGCACGCUGCCCUCCAAAGAAUGAUGAGGCAAAGCAGGGAAUCUGAAAGCGUUGUAGUUUGUUGCACAGACUGUAGAGAAGAACCGGAGCAUUUAUUGGAGAUGAUGACCGCUCACUCGGCCAAAACAGCGAUCCCGAUGGAGGCCUUGAGAGUGUCUCUCGGCGAGGAGCUCUUCCACAUGUGCUACGAGGAGGACGGGCACAUUUUGCGGGUGGUGGGGGGCGCGCUUCACGACUUCCUCAACAGCUUCAACGUGCUGCUGAAGCAGAGCAACGCGGGCCGAGCAGACGGAGGGGAUUGUGUAAACCAAGCAUCCGUGCUUUGCUUAGACAAAGAUCCGGGUCUGCUCACUGUCCACUUCUUCAACCCUCGCGCCACCACCGAGCUCUUCUUCCCUGGGGUCAUCAAGGCAGCCGCCCGUCUGCUGUAUCACACCGCUGUGGAUGUGUUGAUGGACCCCCCCGGCGCCAAAGACAGCAUCCUUCAAUCCAACCCGCAGCACAGUCUUCUAUACACAGUGGUUGUCAAGGGGGAUAAAAACCUGAGCCCCAGUCCUCUGCGGGCGACCUCAGCUGGGACCCUUCCUACCUCUCUGUUUUCCACUAUCUUCCCCUUCCAUCUCAUCCUGGACCAGGACCUGGUCCUAGUGCAAAUCGGACACGGGCUCAGAAAGCGACUGAGCAGGAAGGACGGACUUCGGCGUGCUUCGACCUUCCAAGAACACUUCUCUAUCGUGUGCCCUCAGAUCAAAUGUACAUUUCAAGGCAUCCUGACCAUGCUCAACACCCAGUUUGUCCUUCGGAUCAAGCACGGGGUCUCCGGAUCUGACAACACAGUAAAGCUCAUGGACCUCAAGGGCCAAAUGAUCUACGUUUCCGAAUCCAACGUGAUCUUGUUCUUGGGCUCGCCGUGUGUGGAUAAGCUGGAGGAGCUAACGGGCCGCGGCCUCUACCUGUCCGACAUCCCCAUUCACAACGCACUGCGCGACGUGGUCCUGGUCGGCGAGCAGGCCAAAGCGCAGGACGGCCUGAAGAAGCGUCUCAGCAAGGCCAAAGCGGCAUUGGAGCAGGCCCACCAGGCGCUUGAGGAGGAAAAGAAGAAGACCGUGGACCUCCUGUUCUCCAUCUUCCCCGGCACCGUAGCUCAGCAGCUGUGGCAGGGCCAGACGGUCCAAGCCAAGAAUUUUGAGCGGGUCACCUUGCUGUUUUCUGACCUGGUGGGCUUCACAGCCGUUUGCUCGCACUGCACGCCUAUGCAAGUGAUCACCAUGCUCAACGAGCUGUACACCAGGUUUGACCACCAUUGUGGGGAGCUUGAUGUUUACAAGGUGGAGACCAUUGGGGAUGCGUAUUGUGUCGCUGGUGGCCUGCAUAAGGAGAGUGACACUCAUGCAGUCCAGAUUGCACUGAUGGCCCUAAAGAUGAUGGAGCUUUCCGAUGAAGUCAAGACGCCAACUGGAGAACCAAUACAGAUGCGUAUCGGCCUGCACACUGGAUCAGUGCUGGCCGGUGUAGUCGGAGUGAGGAUGCCACGUUAUUGCCUUUUCGGAAAUAACGUCACCCUGGCCAACAAGUUUGAGUCGUGCAGCCAACCUCGAAAGAUCAACAUCAGCCCCACGACGCACAGAUUACUGAAGGAGCGUCCAGAGUUUGUUUUCAUUCCCAGGAGCAGGCAGGAGCUUCCGGCCAACUUCCCAGAGGACAUUCCUGGUGUUUGUUACUUUUUAGAGGCCUCCUUCAAAUCUUCACAACUGAAACGGAAAUGAAGUCCAGCCGCCGCAGAGAGGCUCCUGACUCUUCUUUACUCAUAUCAGUGCUUCUAUAUUAGAGUUGUCCAGAUCUUGAUGUCGCUAAGUGUCUGUGUCUUGCGGUCAUUUCAAAAUGCAGUGGACCCCCGCUAUUAGCGAGAGAUGGAGACUGAGCUUUUCCGCGAGUAAGUGACGCUCUCAUAAAAGUGAUUAUAAUUGCCUUAUUAAUAGUUUAAACCAGGGGUGUCAAACUCAUUUUUGUGGUGGACCACAUCGUAGGUGUGGUUUACCUCGGAGGGCCGUUAUGACUGAACUAGGGAUGGGCGAGUACCGAUACCAGGUGUCGGCAUCGGUCUGAUACCGCCCACAUUUCAAGGUAGAUGGUACUUGCGAAUGCUGCCGAUACCAGCCACAGAUACUUAAGGCAAAAAAACAAACAAACAAACAAACAAACAAAAAUCUGACAUAAAGUCCUACUCGGCAGUAGUUGGCACUACACUGCAACAUUUGACACAUCGGUGAUUCAUUAUGUGGGUCAGAAAGAAAGAUCUUUGUCCACAAUUAUCUGUCAUUGUGUGAAUUGAAAUUUUAUAUAUCAAAAGUACUCAUCAUAUUGGUAUCGGUGAGUAUUUAGGAGUGAAUACUUGUACUGGUAUCAGUCCGAAAACAAGUUGUAUUGAACAACCUUACUAUGAACCCAUACAAAUGACACCCAAAUAUUAUUGCAUAGUUCCAACGCAUUAAUGGAUAACUAGUUUUGAAAUUAGAAGUCAGUAAAAAAUAGUUUAUACAUUAGUAAUUCAGUAAUACUUUUUUCAAUUUAUUUUAAAGGGGGAUUGGUUAAAAAAAAAAAAAAAAAAAAAAAAAAGGAAUGCUUGCAAUAUCUAAAUCUGCAGUUUUGGUAUUUUAGCCGUGAAGUUGACGCAUAUGAUUUGCUUUCACGGGCCACAUGAAAUGAUGCGGCGGGCCGGAUCUGGCCCCAGGCCAUGAGUUUGACACUUCUGGUUUAAACCAUAAAUACAUUACACACUAUUAUCCCAAAACAUUCUCAGCAUUUCAAACGCUUACAAAACAUGUUCAAACACGGAUCUAUCCUUAAAAAUACAGCUAAAACACACACGUGUACAAAGUACCGUACCUGUUUGUACAGCUCAACAAUUCUGAUGAUGAUAAAGAAUUACUGUAGCAAAGCAAGUCCAGUAUAAAACAAAGAACAUUUGAGUUACAGGAGUUACAUCGAUGGUGCCGAUGCUGUGGGCCGGCCCGUGCUGUUGAGAAAUGCCGCUAGGCCAAAAUAGCAGUUAUGCGUGCUUCGGUGUUUACUGACCUGAAGUGAGAACACGAACUGCCGGUAGUAGAUAGGUUGUAAUAUAUUGCAAUACAAUAUCAUAUAUACUGCAGACAGUAGUUUCCCACGGAAAGAAAAUUUUGAAUAGGCGUUUUUCAGCCAAUAACGGAGGUAAGGUUAAGAACAAGAGAAAUCUUAAGAAUAGGUGAAUUCACGUAUACAGGCGGGGGUCCACUGCGUAAUUAUGCAGCAUUGACGAAAACUGGGAAGUCAACUUUGACCCUCAACAUAAGAGCUCCAAUCUGAGAGUUUCAUGUUGUUAUAAAUGCACCGCAACCAUCAAUGCACCCCCAGCUUCACAACGACACUUUCAAACAUAAUACACAAUGGAACCUUUGAAGUUUUACACAAUCGGCUCCGUGACACUGGUUUACUUUCAAGUUGCUGUUAUUCCAAAACAAUUUUUUUGCCCAUAGCAAAUAAUGAAGUCAAACAAUUGAUUCUAGGCUAAAACCAUUCAACCUUAAUUAACCGAACUGUACAAGGAAUGUUUUAAUGGACAUUUGAACCCUCCCAACCAUCAUAGCAUAAAAAAUCUAUUUAAAAAAAUAGAUAAAACUAAGCACUAAGUGUCACAUCACACAUGAGGUUUUCAAUUUGAAGUUUUGGUUGACUUUUAAGACAUGCAUUAAUUUUUCAGAUGUGUAUAUUAAACUCUAAAUUUCACCACUUUGGGGGUAUUCAACUUAGGAGCAAUGUUGUGUAUAAGUUAUGGUAGCAUUUGAACAAAACCCCAACAACGCAAUAAGUAGCCUGAUGCCCUUCCUUAUCGCGGCUGUCAGCCAUUUUUAUUUCUGCCGUGCAAUCCGACCUUCUGAGGUCCAUUUAGAAAUAUCCCCUCCUCCCCAGCAGUCUUGAAUGCAGCAUUAAUACCGAGUUUAUUUUGAUUGGACCUCUAAAUAUCAAGACAUCAGUGUUUGAUCGGACACGAGUCUUGUAAUAUUGUCCAUCUGUGCAAACACUCACUGCAGGACGAGUCAGUUCUAAAAAUAUUAAUUGCAAACCCUAAUUUAAGGCACUGAUUUUCUUUCCUUAGACUGUUUUUGUUAUCUUUUUUAGAAAAAAAAAUAUUAAGAUUGCAAUGCAAAAAGAAAUUAAUUAUACCAAAAAGUACUAGUGACAUAUGAUAUCAUUUGAGAUGAUGAUAAUAUAUAGAUUCUAAAUUAUUUUCCAAUGCUAAGCUAGAAUGAGAACAAAAUAUUUUCCCAGUAAAUAUUUCACCUACAUUUCUCCCCUUUUGGAACUUUCUGUCUUCCUGCUUUCACCUUGACAGGACUUGGAAAUGUUCACAAAAAAAACCCAUUGAAUUGGCUCAGUGUAUUGUCAAUAUUUUGGAAAAGAGGUCAAAAACAUACAUAUCGACUUAUAAAGUUUUACAAUGUAUCUACAAUCAAGAUUCACAGAGCAGACUCAGGUGCCUUAUGGAAGCACGUUCAGACAUGUUUGUGUAAAAAAAAAAUAAUAAUAAAAAAAGUUGAUCACUGUUUCUUCCGAUAUGAAUCCAAGCCAAAUUCUUCCAUCAAAGUAUAUAUUUUAAAUACAUUCAUUAUACAUUCCUGUACUGCAGUUUCCUAGUAAAGUAUUUUUACUGUUUUCACUGUACACGUUUAUACUCUAUUUAUUACAUUGUUUUCAUAGCACAAAGAGCAUAUAAGACAAGAAUACAAUGAAUGUCCUUCAGUCACUCAUAAGGUUGUGCUUUAAUUGUUACUGUAAUGUAAACAAGAGUGCAAUAAAUAUAAUAUCAGAUGA